GUGGAAUUCUUUUCAAGUGGGAAUGGGCGUAUACACCUAGAGAAAAACAAUGGGGGGUUUCAUAAAGAUGAAUUGGAAAAUGUUGACUUUCAAGGUGUGAUGACACUACUACAUCCGUGAUAGAUUAAUAAACUUCAGAAGUGUAGGGUAGGCUGCUACCCGCCCUGGUGCCCUCCAUUCAAAACCAUUGCUGUUGGUUCUUCCUUGCUUUGCUUAACAUUCCUAAACUUUGAAAGAGGAGUAUGUGCAGUUCCCCUCUUGGUUUUUUGAGAAUAUUUUCAAGUUUUGGCGAAACAACAUGUAGUAGUGUAUAUAGCUUUGUAUUAUCAUGCAUAAAUUUCAAUUUUUCCUUCCAUUUUGUCUCUUAUCUGUUAUGCACGAUUAAGGUUUGGAAUCAAGAAAUAUUGGCUCUAUUACGCUCCCGCAUACUUUAUACUGUGGAAAUUUCCAAUAGGAUCUUAAAAGAACAUAUAACAUCGUGAAGUUCUUUUGAAGUUUUAUAUUCUGCUCCAGCCAUAUUUACGUUUCCAUCGCAUCCACUACAAGUCUCUUUUUUUAAAAAUUAUUAUUAUCGUCGUCAUCAAAAUUGGUUUUUUUUUGUAUUUUUUGUGCUUACCCUGUUUUAUAGUACUUCAUUAACAAAUGCCAAAGAAGAUAAAGAACUCCGCUCCAUCUACAAGAGCGUCAUCAAAGUCAUCUCGUCCUUACAAGUCCAGAACCCAGAGACCUUGCGAUUUUUGCCGAAGAAGAAAAACAUGUUGUGUUAUCGAGGGAACCAUUCCAUGCACUCCUUGUCUUCAGUUCAACAAAGGUUUGUGUACGUUCAACGAAGGACCAAUGAAAAGAAACAAUAAACAGGACAAGAGUGUAAAUCAAAAUACAACAGCGGUGCAUAAGACAGAACCGAAAACAGCCAAUAGUACAAGCGGUCGUUCAGUGGUCCCACAAAAAAUUCUGACGCCACUUCCAACUAGAGAAAUUUCACCAAGAACAGAGGUUCCAAUUCAACCUGCAGCAAUUCUUAAGUCCCAAGCCAAUUUAUUUCAACAAAUUCAAGGCAACAGUGACCGUAAUUUGUAUUCUAAUAGUAAAGAUGUCAUACCCCAGGGUCCAAAUGAAGGCCCCUCUUACAAUCCAGGUAUCCAUCCUCCUCCAUUACUUGCAAACCAAGCAGUUGCAUCUGGUAAUGUAACUACCACCAGUGCCAAUUCAACCGGUAUAAGUCGAAACAAUCCACCGGUACCACAACUACCAACACAAUCAUUCAUAGAAGUUAACAUGACAUAUACCAAUGAACCAGUACUUGAAUUGAAUCCUCAACUUUCCUCAUUUUUAGGAGUAUCAUCUGAAGCAGUUGAAUAUUUUUCAAAGUCUUCAUCUUCCCCAACUACUACUUCUAAUUCUACGUCAUCGAAACCAGUGAAUUAUUACAACCUGGUUUCCAGUGACAAUAUCUACAACAUCCCCUCGGGAUAUCAAGAUGAACCCCUGACAAGUUCUUCUGAAUAUUCAAACAAUACAUUUAGUCCUCAACGAUUAGAAAGUCUUACGUCGGUAGAUACCUACAGUUUACAAAACUAUGAAAUGUCUCUGCUCUUUAACCAACCUCCAAUUGAUGUACGAGAACAAUUCGGUGGAGAUGACAUUCUUAAAUUACCACAAGACCCAUUAUUUGAAGAACAGUAUCCAAUUUUCCUGUUUUCUCCAGAAAAUGAUGUCUUUUAGUGGCUGGUUCCAUGUGUAAAUUGUAUGUAUAGAAUAAGACAGAAUAAAUGUACAAAU